UUCUUGUUCACUUUAUUCACUCUUGCAUCCUUUUCUUUUUUCUUUUUGGUAGACUUGCAUUAUACAAUAGACAUUACUCAUAGACAAGAAACAUGGCUUGGUACAAUCAGACCGUCGAUACACUCUCCGAUUUCUUGGCAAGCCACCGCAGCCAACUUCCCUUACUGGCCGCGACAGGGGCCUCAUUGACUGCGGCAUUGGUUUUGCGCUCGCUUUUAUCGGAAUCUCACCCGGAGGGUAAUGUGUAUUCCUCCCCUCUUGCAAAGGUCAAGGCCUUGUCGGAUGAGGAAAAUCGCAAUCUCCCUCUGCCUAUCGACGUCCUUCCAGGAGCCCGCGAUGUUCCCACCAGCUUUGGUGGCUCGAUGCGUGUAUACGAGUGGGGCCCGGAAAAUGGCCCCAGGGUCUUGUUGAUCCAUGGCAUUACAACGCCUUGUAUAGCACUGGGCGGAUUAGCCCAUGCCUUGGUCGAUCGGGGCUGCCGUGUUAUGCUGUUCGAUCUUUUCGGAAGAGGCUAUUCCGAUUGUCCUUCCGAUAAGCCGCAGGACAGCACACUUUGGAACCGACAGAUAUGGUGCGCCAUUAACUCGUCUCCCAUUUUCAAGAAAUUGGGAGAUCUCUGCUUGGUCGGCUAUUCAUUGGGCGGCGGCAUCGCUGCCAACUUCGCCGCUUUCCAUCCCCAGGCUAUCUCUUCUCUGGUACUGCUUGCGCCGGCAGGCUUGAUCCGUGAUUCCCGGAUCAGCUUCCAGUCUCAGCUUCUCUACUCGCACGAUUGGAUCCCCGAGAAACUGCUCAAGUUCUUUGUCCGUCGCCGUCUGCGAGCAGGCCCGUUGACAUCCAAACCUGCGAAUAAGAAGCUGAGCGCGGAAGAUGCUUUGGUUGAGGAGCUUCCUUCUCAAGGUGCAGAGGUUCAGCGGUUGUCUCGAGCCUAUCCACAUGUGAAUGUCCCAAGCACCGUCAAGUGGCAGGUAGAUGAGCACCCUGGUUUUGUACAUGCAUUCAUGUCCAGUAUGCGACAUGGUCCAAUCCUGCAGGAGCGCCAAUUGAAGGUGUGGAGACAGCUUGGAGACUGGCUUGCCACCGGGAAAAAGCUAGGCUCGGAGGCGAUGCCUGGUCUUCAUCAUAAUAAGGUUCUUAUUAUGUAUGGCGAACACGACGCGGUUAUUGUGAAAGACGAUCUCGUUCCCGACGCCACCGCAGCACUGCAGGGUCUCGCGAGCUUCAAGUCCUACGACGCUGGUCAUGAGUUCCCAAGCACGAAAUACGAAGAUGUGGCUCAGUAUAUGAUGGAAUUUUUGCAGCUCAAUGACAUGACAAAUGAAAUUCUUUGAAAGGAACGGCCUUCUUGUGAUGACUCCGCGAUGCUUCUCUCAUAUCCCCGACAUAUGUUGUUCGGCACAAUCCUGCUCCGCACACACAUCUCUAAUAGACUCUGUAUAUAGACGAAUCUUCUGUUCUUCAUAUUCCUUCACAUUUGAAGCGUCUUUCAAUGUAUGUACCUGGAUCUGAAACCAG